CUCCUCCUCUCCCCUCCCAUCCUUAUUAAUCCCCAACAUCCGGGUCGGACGAUAAGAAGAAUCCUCUUCCUUCGAACGCAGGCGACUCGGAGCAGCUCCUCCCCCACCCUUUCUCCCCUCACUCCCCGUCGCCCACCGGGGGUCAAACCUCCCUCGGUAGCCCAUCUGAAUGAUGGAGGGCGAGAGGGAGGCGGUAGAGCGCCGGGCCCUGCGUUCGCUGGGGCUCGGCUUCGACCUCACCAGCGACUUCCGCCUCCGCUUCGCCAAGGGGUACCCCCGCGGCCGCCUCGUGCAGCUCGACGAGGUCCACACCCGGGACAUCGUCUUCCCCGGGGGCCAGGUCGUCCGCGGCGUGUCCGAGGACGUCGGCUGCGACAAGGGCGAUCGGAUGCGGUACCGCUCCGACGUCCUCGAGUUCAAUCAGAUGUCUGAGUUACUCAAUCAGAAAUCUUCGGUCCAAGGAAAAGUACCUUCCGGUUAUUUUAAUGCUCUUUUUAAUUUAACUGGAGCAUGGUUGGAUGAUGCCAAGGACACAAAAUAUCUUGCUUUUGAUGGAUACUUCAUUUCCUUGUACAAUUUUCACCUAAGAGCUUCUCCUUUGGUUCUUCUUGAAGAGGUUAAAAGAGCAGUUCCAUCGAAGUGGGAUCCCACGGCCCUCUGUCAUUUCAUUAGGACCUAUGGAACACAUAUAAUUGUAGAAAUGGCUAUAGGGGGUCAGGAUGUAAUCUGUGUUAGGCAAAGUCCUUCUUCAACAAUUUCAUCUGCUGAGUUAAAGGUUCAUCUCGAAGAUCUUGGAGAUUAUUUAUUUUCUGAUGGAAAUAGUCUUUCUCCUCUACAUCGGAAGACCAGAGAAGGCAAGAACAAGGUGCCUGAAGUCUUCAUGAGAAUCUUGCAAUCCAACAACUUGCAACUGUCUAGCUAUUCAGAAACUUCAAGCAAGGAAGGACUCACAAUCAUUUGCUCAAAAAGAGGAGGUGAUGCAUGUGUGUUAAAUCACUCUACUUGGUUACAAACAGUACAAAAUAACCCUGAUGCAAUAAUGUUCAAGUUUGUUCCCAUCACAUCUCUUCUAACUGGCGUUCCAGGCAGUGGAUAUCUCAGCCAUGCUAUGAAUCUAUAUCUUCGCUAUAAACCUGAUCCUGAAGAUUUACAGUAUUUCUUGGAAUUUCAAGUCCCCAAUCAGUGGGCACCGAUGUUCAAUGAACUAGCUCUGGGACCACAAAGAAGAAAAGUCUCCUACCCCCGGAUGCAAUUUAGAUUUUUGGGACCAAAGCUACAUGUUAACACUGAUCAGGUCUUGAGCAGUCAGAAGCCUGUGAUUGGCCUGCGGUUGUACUUGGAGGGACCGAGGUGCAAUCGGUUAGCCAUACAUGUGCAACACCUUUCAAGUCUCCCCAGCAUGUUCAGGAACUCUAGUUCAUCCGAAAUGUCAGCGUGGCAAGGAUCAGAAGACUCCGAUGCAGGAUACUUUGAACCUAUCCAGUGGAAGAGAUACUCAGCUGUAUGCACAUCAGUUGUGGAGCACAAUCCUGAGUGGCUCCAGAGAGUAUCUAAUGGUGUGUUUGUGGUAACUGGUGCUCAGCUUGUCACCAAAGGGAAUUGGCCGAAGAAAGUGCUUCAUCUUCGUCUCCUCUUUACACACAUUCCAAACUGCACAAUCCGAAGGACCGAGUGGGCUGGUGCACCAGCCACUUCUCAGAAAGGAAGCUUCCUAACAAAUUUAAGUACAACGUUUAGCACACCAUUUACCCAGAGAGAUGUGCCACCACCAGCGAAGAAUGAGCCUGCACAGCUGAAUUCAGGUGUGUAUCCCGAUGGUCCACCUGUGCCGGUUCAGUCAAGGAAGCUCUUAAAGUUUGUGGAUAUGGUCGAGGUGGUCCGUGGUCCACACAAUGUGCCAGGACAUUGGCUUGUGACAGCGGCUAAGAUUGUCAAAGAAGGGGGAAAGAUCGGAUUGCAUGUAAAGUUUGCUCUGUUGAAUUAUUCAGCUGAGGCUGGGUUGAUCGACUAAUGUCCAUAUAGGAUUUCUCUCCUGUCCUGUAGAUUUCGGAGUUCUGAUUGCAGGAUCAGGCUAAUUUUGUGCAUUAUUUUUUUAUUUAUUUUGGUUUAGUUAUUACAACUGUACAGAUGAUAGUAAUAAUCUGCAUGUAAUUUUGACAUAUGGCUCGGAUUUGGAUCUUAAUUUAGUAUUUCGAAAUUUCAAAUCGUUA